AUGGGAAAUUGCUGUGUUACCUCCGGUAGUUCUGCUCAGAGGAAUGAGAAGAAGAAGAGGAGAAGGAGAAAAAAUCAGAAACCGAAUCCAUUCUCACUUGAUUAUCAAACCAUAUCUGUACCUAGCCAUGAUGAGAUCAAUUUCUUCGUAUUAAAAGAUCCAACAGGUCAUGAUAUUAAUCAGCAUUACAAUCUUGGUCGAGAGCUGGGAAGGGGAGAAUUUGGGGUAACAUAUUUGUGUACGGAUUUGGAUACUGGCGAACGAUUAGCCUGCAAAUCGAUAUCGAAAAAGAAGCUUCGGACUGCAGUGGAUGUCGAUGAUGUGAGGAGGGAAGUCGAGAUCAUGAGGCAUUUUCCAAAACACCCGAAUAUCGUGACCUUAAGAGACACUUAUGAGGAUGCUGAUGCUGUGCAUAUCAUGAUGGAAUUGUGUGAAGGCGGAGAAUUGUUUGAUCGGAUUGUUGCAAGGGGACGAUAUACAGAACGAGCUGCAGCCGCGAUCAUGAGGACCAUUGUGGAAAUCGUUCAGAUGUGUCACAGUCACGGAGUUAUGCAUCGUGACCUCAAACCGGAGAAUUUUCUUUUCGGAAACAAGAAGGAAACAGCUCCUCUAAAGGCCAUUGAUUUUGGGCUGUCAGUUUUCUUUAAACCAGGGGAUGUCUUUAACGAAAUCGUGGGAAGUCCUUAUUAUAUGGCUCCGGAAGUUCUAAAACGUAGUUAUGGCCCUGAGGUUGAUGUCUGGAGUGCCGGAGUUAUCUUAUACAUUCUGCUUUGCGGUGUCCCGCCUUUUUGGGCAGAAACCGAACAAGGAGUAGCCGAAGCAAUUAUUCGCUCGGUAAUUAAUUUUAAGAGAGACCCGUGGCCUAAAAUCUCUGAUAACGCGAAGGAUCUUGUGAAGAAAAUGCUUGAACCAGAUCCAAAGCGCCGGCUUACAGCUCAGCAAGUUCUUGAACAUCCGUGGUUAUUGAAUUCAAAGAAGGCUCCAAAUGUUCCAUUGGGUGAGGUUGUGAAGUCUAGGUUGAAACAGUUCUCGGUCAUGUACAAGCUCAAGAAAAGAGCUUUGCGGGUGGUGGCAGAGCAUUUGUCACUGGAGGAAAUGGCUGGAAUGAAGGAGGAAUUCCGUGUGAUAGAUACGGGGAACAAAGGCAGGGUGAAUCUUGAAGAACUCCGAAUUGGUUUACCGAAACUUGGUCAUCAAAUAAAUGACGCGGAUCUUCAAACAUUGAUGGAAUCUGCGGAUGUCGAUAGAGAUGGGACCCUGAACCUUGGGGAGUUUGUUGCGAUCAUUUUGCACCUUAAGAGACUGGCAAACGAUGAGCACCUACACAAAGCCUUUAACUUCUUUGAUAAAGACCAUAAUGGUUAUAUUGAGGUCGAAGAGCUUCGCCAGGCGUUAAGUGAGGAAGGCGAUGAAACCAAUGACGAUGCAAUUAACGUCAUUAUGAAUGAUAUCGACACAGAUAAGGAUGGGAAGAUCAGUUACGAGGAAUUUUCUGCAAUGAUGAGGACUGGUACAGAUUGGAGAAAAGCUUCGAGGCAAUAUUCCCGAGAACGUUUCAACAGUCUUAGUUUGAAGUUGAUGAAGGAUGGUUCGUUAGAGUUAGCCAGCGAGGGCCGUUGA